AUGCCUACAAUUUCAUUAAGAAAAGAAUUUUUAGACAAAGCUCUAGGAAAAGUUUACGACAAUGAGGAAAUGUCAGAUUUGUUGGACAGAUUUGGAUUAGAACUAGAUGAAAUUGUUAGAGAAUCUGUUGAUGAAUUGGAUGAAAAUUUAUUAAAAACAGGCAAUGAUGUAGAAGUUGAUAUUUAUAAAAUUGAUAUUCCAGCUAACAGAUAUGAUUUAUUAUGUCAUGAAGGACUUGUAACAGCAUUAAAAAUGUUUCUUGAAAAAAGUGAACGUGUUGUUUAUAAAGUUAUUGAUACAAAAAAUGAAAAGUAUAAGAUAACUGUUAAAGAAGAUUUUAAAGGACAAUCUUCCAUUCGUCCAUAUGUUGUUGGAGCUGUUUUAAAAAAUGUCACUUUAAAUGAUUUUAUAGUUAAAAAUCUUAUUGACCUUCAAGAAAAACUUCAUCAAAAUCUUUGUAGAAGGCGGACAUUAGUAGCAAUAGGUACUCAUGAUUUAGAUACACUUGAAGGACCUUUUACUUAUGAAUUUAAAAAACCUGAAGAGAUAAAAUUUAUUCCAUUAAAUGAUACUGUAUCAAUGACAGCACCAGAAAUGUUUGCUAAAUUUUCUGUUGACUCUCAUUUAAAGGAGUAUCUUCAUAUACUUGAAGGACAAGAUUAUUAUCCAGUUAUUUAUGAUAAAAAUCGAAUUAUAUGUUCAUUACCACCAAUUAUCAAUGGUGAUCAUUCAAAAAUAACUGCAAAAACAAAAAAUAUUUUUAUUGAAUGUACUGGAACAGAUUUUGAAAAAUGUCAAGCCACUGUCAAAACAAUUGCAGCACUUUUUUCAGAGUAUUGUGAGAAAAAGAAUGUUACCGAAAUGGUAUACAUUGACUAUACGCAUACUGACUCCGAUAAAAAAAUUAUCUCAACACCUGAUUACAAGGAUUUAACUGUUGAAACAUGUACUCAAACUAUUAAUAAGAAAUUAGGAGUUAAUUUAAAUGAUGAUGAUGUUAUUAAAGUUUUAAGUAAAAUGGGUCAUACCAUAUCUAAAAAGAAGGACGGUGGUUUGGUUGUUUCUGCUGUUGCUACAAGAACAGAUGUCUUAGCUGAAUGUGAUAUUAUUGAAGAUGUUGGAAUUGGAUAUGGUUAUGAUAAUAUUAUAAGAACUAAUCCUAAAGAUGUCACUUAUGGUUUGCCUUUGAACAUGAGUGCUAUUACAGAAAGACUAAGAAUUGUUAUGUCGAGUAUGGGAUAUACUGAGGCAUUAACAUUUGCAUUAAUGUCCAAAGAUGACAUUAGUUUAUUACCAGGAAAAUUUGAUGAAUCCAUGGUUAUUAUUUCUAAUCCAAAAACUAGAGAUUGCCAAGCUGUCAGAACAAACCUUAUUGCUGGCCUUUUGAAAACGCUUUCAAAUAAUAAGACUGUUCCAAUGCCAAUUAAACUUUUUGAAAUUCAAGAUGUUGUUGUUAGAGAUGAAGAUGCAGAAACGGGAGCUAAAAAUAUUCGAAAAAUUGCUGGUAUUUAUUGUAAUACAACUGCUGGUUUUGAAAUUGCUAGAGGAGUUGUAGAUCAACUUUUAAUAUCAUUAAAUAUAACAACAUCCUCAAAUGGCUAUAAAUUUGUGCCUGGUGAUAAUCCAAUAUUUUUCCCAGAUCGUUGUUGUCAGUUAGUUGGACCAGAUAAUUCUAUUAUUGGUAAUAUUGGAUGUCUUCAUCCACUUGUCCUAAAACAAUUUUCUCUAGGAAUGCCUGUUUGUGGAUUUGAAUUGACUCUUGAAAUGCUUCUUUAA